GUCUCCCCCGUCCUAUUCCCGAAUUCCGAAUUCCACUGCGCUGCGCUUCUGCCUUCUGCUCCCCCCUUUUCCCUCUCUCUCUCUCCGUGCUCGCUCCCUCGGAUCCCACGCGGCUGCGGCCGCGGGCUGCGGCGCUGGCGGCGUCCGAGGCUUAGGGUUUAGCGCGGGGGAGGAGGAGCUUAGGGUUUUGGGAAGAGGAGGAGGAGGAGCGGAUGGGGACGGCGGGGAAGGGUGCGUGGGUGGUGCCGGCGCCGGCGUACAGGGAGGUGGAGGGGUGGGAGGGCGUCGGGGAUGACGCGCCGGGCUUCAGGUGCGGCCACUCGCUCACCGCCGUCGCGCCCACCAAGGGCCACGGCCCGCGGCUCAUCCUCUUCGGCGGCGCCACCGCCAUCGAGGCCGGCGCGUCCUCGGGCCUCCCCGGCAUCAGGCUCGCGGGGGUGACGAACUCGGUGCACUCGUACGAUGUGGAGAAGCGCAAGUGGACUAGAUUACAUCCUGCUGGAGAGCCUCCAUCUCCGAGGGCCGCGCACGCUGCAGCUGCAGUGGGCACCAUGGUUGUUUUCCAGGGUGGGAUUGGACCAGCAGGGCACUCAACAGACGAUCUCUAUGUCCUUGACCUCACAAACGACAAGUUUAAAUGGCACAGGGUCGUUGUUCAAGGGGCAGGCCCUGGUCCUCGCUAUGGUCACUGCAUGGAUUUGGUAGCCCAGCGGUAUCUUGUCACUGUUUCGGGAAAUGACGGAAAGCGGGUAUUGUCAGAUGCUUGGGCUUUGGACACAGCACAGAAACCAUAUAGGUGGCAGAAACUUAACCCUGAAGGUGAUAAACCUUCAGCAAGAAUGUAUGCUACUGCCAGUGCACGCUCUGAUGGCAUGCUUUUACUUUGUGGUGGAAGGGAUGCUUCUGGCACGCCACUUUCUGACGCCUAUGGACUAUUGAUGCAUACAAAUGGUCAGUGGGAAUGGACUCUAGCCCCAGGGGUAUCUCCAUCUCCAAGAUAUCAGCAUGCAGCCGUUUUUGUUGGUGCUCGGUUGCAUGUUACUGGAGGUGUCCUUAGAGGAGGUAGAGCUAUUGAAGGAGAGGGCGCAAUAGCAGUCCUGGACACUGCUGCUGGAGUUUGGUUGGAUAGAAAUGGCAUUGUGACCUCUCGUACUUUGAAGUCAUCCAAUGAGCAUGAUGCUGCUUCGGAUCUGCUUCGGCGCUGUCGGCAUGCUGCUGCCUCAGUUGGUUCUCAGAUUUACAUUUAUGGCGGACUCAGGGGAGAUAUCCUCCUUGAUGAUUUCCUGGUUGCUGAGAAUGCACCUUUCCAAUCAGAAAUCACUUCAUCUAUGUACAAUGUUGAUAGAGUCCCUAGGGGGGAAUCUCAAAAUAGAAACAAUAGUUUUCAUCCAGAUUCACCUGUCCAUCAAUCUGCAAAUAACAGGCAAGAGACAGCUUCUGGUUUCAGUGCGGACAAGAAGUCAAUUGACAUGUUGAUAGAGGCCUCAACUGCGGAAGCUGAAGCUGUCAGCGCUGUAUGGCGAGCUGCUAAGGAAGCAUCUGCAGCAUCUUCGGAAGACAGUCUUUCGGAGGGAAUAGGAUCUGAGUCCCCACUGAGUGAAACUUCACCAAUGCCUGAAGAUUUCGAUGAUGGGGGAUCCCUAGAACCAGAUGUGAAACUACAUUCUAGAGCAGUUGUGGUUGCUAAAGAAGCAGUAGGAGAUUUAGGAUGCUUGGUCAGACAGCUCUCACUGGAUCAAUUUGAGAAUGAAAGCAGACGGAUGCAUCCUUCAAACAAUGACCAAUCUUAUCCAGGCAGAAGAACAUUAAAUAGACAACGAUCUCCACAAGGUUUGCAUAAGAAGGUUAUUUCGUUCUUACUUAAGCCAAGGAAUUGGAGAGCACCUGCUGAUAGAACCUUUUUUCUGGAUUCUUACGAAGUUGGCGAGCUAUGCUAUGCUGCCGAGCAGAUUUUUAUGCAAGAACCAACUGUUUUACAAUUAAAAGCACCAAUUAAAGUAUUUGGUGAUCUUCAUGGGCAGUUUGGGGACUUAAUGCGCCUUUUUGAUGAGUAUGGUUAUCCGUCAACUGCAGGUGACAUAACGUAUAUUGAUUAUCUCUUCUUGGGAGACUAUGUUGACCGAGGUCAGCAUAGUUUGGAGACAAUAACUUUACUUCUUGCUCUUAAAAUUGAGUACCCUGAAAACGUACACUUGAUCAGAGGAAAUCAUGAAGCUGCUGACAUCAAUGCUCUUUUUGGCUUCCGUCUUGAAUGCAUUGAGAGAAUGGGUGAAAGUGAUGGGAUAUGGGCUUGGACAAGAUUCAAUCAACUGUUCAAUUAUCUCCCACUUGCGGCCAUGAUAGAAAAGAAAAUAAUCUGCAUGCAUGGUGGCAUAGGAAGGUCAAUAAACACCGUAGAGCAAAUUGAGAAACUUGAAAGGCCUAUCACAAUGGAUGUUGGUUCCAUUAUCCUCAUGGACCUCUUAUGGUCUGAUCCUACAGAAAAUGAUAGUGUGGAGGGUUUGAGACCUAAUGCACGAGGGCCCGGCUUAGUGACAUUUGGGCCUGAUCGAGUAACCGAAUUCUGUAAACGAAACAAAUUGCAAUUGAUUAUAAGAGCCCAUGAGUGUGUUAUGGAUGGGUUUGAACGUUUUGCUCAUGGACAAUUGAUCACUUUAUUUUCAGCAACAAAUUACUGUGGUACUGCGAACAAUGCAGGGGCGAUACUUGUUGUUGGCAGGGGUUUAGUUAUCGUGCCAAAGUUAAUUCAUCCACUUCCACCCCCUGUUAAUUCACCUGAGUCCUCCCCUGAACGUGGGGAUGCCACAUGGAUGCAGGAGCUUAACAUUCAGCGGCCACCUACUCCAACCAGAGGGCGGCCGCAAGCUGCCGGUGAUAGGAAUUCUCUUGCUUACAUAUGAUACUUGACAUGACAGAGCCACCUCAGACUUCUGGAUAUGUUUGUUUGUAAUCAGAAAUUUAUUUACCAGUUUCAAGGUACAUAUGGUAUAGCCAAGAAGAACAACCAACAGGACAUCAUGGAUACACUUGUGAUCAGUUCCCUGGUAAUCCAUUGUGAUUCAUCGGUUUUAACUGUAGUUGUGUGCUACCGUGGCUUCAGCUCCUCACUGGGAAGCUGCAUAAUAGCAUUUCAGAUCUCAAGCAACAUUGCUUCCCAGCCUGAUUUGGCGCUCCACUCCAUUGUUUUGAGGGAAAGAUUGUGAUACGGUGGACAAUAAUCAAGUCUGAUGUAGUUGUAAUAGCUAAUCUGUAAUUUUAGUGUACAUGGAUAGAUUGUUCUUUCUUCAGAGUCAGAAGGUUUGCAAAUGUUUGCAUGCCAUGCUACAGCGUGGUGCGAUGUUUAAACAGGACAGCCAUACAGGUUACCAGAUCUGAGUUAGAUUGGGCAGAGAGGGAUCUGAGCCAUUUCAUUUGCUCUUUGCAGAGCAUGAAUGUAAGGGGUUGUGUUGUGAAAUAUUGAAUUUGUUAUAGGUAUUUGUGCAAUAAAUUAAGUUUUGCUUAAUUCAGUGAAUGCUUUGAUUUUUA